AUGGCACUGGACUCCAAGGCGUCCUUUCAGCUGAGAGCCAAAGAAAUUGGUAUAUCGGAGGAGCACAUCACGGCCUUGGAUGGUCAUGGUAAAAGUACUUUUGCUGCAUACGCGUAUUGCACAACAUUCCAGCCAGGGCAGGCGGAUGACCGGCCAUUGCUGACGUUUGUGGAACAGGUCAUUGGUGUCGCCCCUACCGCCGGGGAAGCAGCCGCAUUUCGCCGGCUGUUUUUCGAGUCGCACGCGUUGAGCAUUCAGGAUCUCAAGUCGAGGUUGGAGCGAUCCGAGAGCUCAGAAGCUCGGACAGUCCCACUUCCGGAAAAGAUGGAACGCAUAAAACAGCUGAAAACCCGUCUCACUGGAGUUUCUUUCACGCCGCAAGUGGAGCCUUCACAUGCGUUGAUCGACAAAGCGUGCCAGCAGUUUGAUGAUGGAUGCGUGUCCUACAUACCCCUGCACAAGUGCACCAGCAGGCAGGACGAGACGCUCCAUAGCAAACAAGUUGAUGGCCUUCACAUGCAGUCAGAUGGUACAGUCAGAUUGUCCAAGAGGUCCAGGACGGACGACGUUAGCCUUCAUGGUGAGCACAACAUCAGACAAGCGUUCGCUAGAAGGUCCACUUUGGAUCGUUGGACACAACGCCUCAUGGAAAAGAUGAACGAACCGGCACUGCCAGGUUACAAGCCAAUAUCCUUUGACCAGGUGCUCAACGCGGAUAGGGCCUUAUGGGUCAAAGUGGCAGAUGCGACACGGUCUAACCUGGUUGGAGACCCGCUUGCGACCAAGCCCUUUGAUGCAGCUUUUGAGCGGCUGUCAGAUCACCCGGAGAUUUUGUGCUACAUUGCCCCGAUGCCUGGAUCCUUUCAGAGGCCACAGCACGACAGCUCCACCAGCGACUGCGAUAAAUCACAUGCGCAUGCAAGCUGGCAGCCUUACAUGUCCGAGGAGGGGAUUAUUUUUCCCACGAAGGAGGAAGCUGCCUACCCUGACACACUCUGUACCAGGGCCGCGGAGUGUGUGGCCUUAAAGGCCCAGCAGCGGAAGCUCAAUUUGGACGUGCCCGUGAAGCUUAAACAAUUGCUACGCUGGAGCCUGGGCGAGCAGAAUUUUCGCCAUCGGCCGCUCGUGCCAGAGUUUUCUUCUUUUCUGCACUCCACUGAACAGCUGUUUCGCGAUGAUUUGCGAUUGCUGGCUUCACCUCACAACAGGGGGCCUCAACUUGAAGCCAACAUGGAGGCGCCAGGCCAACCUGCUGGCUCCAUCGAAACUACCGAAUUUGAUCAGCCUUGCAAAAGGACACGCGCUACGUACAAGUAUGGCGUAUGGCACAACCCAGAUUUUUUUUUUGUGGAAAAGGCCGAGAACGUCGAGCACCCUGCAAAUUCUAAGUCCAUGCUGAAUGAGGCGACGAUUGAAGCCAUCUCAACAGAAGUCACCAUGGACCCCGUCGAGUUGGCCAAACUUAGGCUAAGGGCCAUCCUCAGGAUCAGGGAGCUUGAAAAGGACUUUCGACUGCGGGAGCAUGAGCUAAAGUCGACCAUGGAGCUGGAGGUCCUGGACAAGUCCAUCAUGGCCCUACUGGACAUCCUGGGUCGGGAGUUUGCAGCCAAUGGAGACAAAGCUAUGCCUUUCUGCGAAUGUUUCGACGCGCUCGGAGCCAGAUACGUCCUCACCCGCAUUGGACAGGGAACUCUGGAGUUGGGCAACAAAGCAGGCAGAGUCGAGAAGCUGUGCUCUUUGCUUGAUAUCGUUGCCUCGGAGCGGAAACUGUCGAACCACCAGGCCUCAGAGUUGCAGGGGCUCCUAAACUUCGCCUCGGGCUUCUACCUCACCAAGGUCUUACACGAGGUCUAA